CAGAGCAGCGCCGCGGGGGCCGAGAUGUCGUCUCGGCCGGGGCGCGAGAACGCGGGGGCUGGAGGCGCGCGGCGGCCGCGGGAGCCGCCGGAGCAGGAGCUGCAGCGGCGUCGGGAGCAGAAGCGGCGGCGGCACGACGCGCAGCAGCUGCAGCAGCUGAAGCACCUGGAGUCCUUUUAUGAAAAACCUCCUCCUGGGCUUAUCAAGGAAGAUGAGACUAAGCCAGAAGACUGCAUACCAGAUGUACCAGGCAAUGAACAUGCCAGGGAAUUUCUGGCUCACGCACCAACAAAAGGACUUUGGAUGCCACUGGGGAAAGAAGUCAAAGUUAUGCAGUGUGAGUCUUCUCUGACCCUUAAGGCACAUGAAGAUCCCAUGUACGACAUCAUACGAGACAAUAAACGACAUGAAAAGGAUGUAAGGAUUCAGCAGUUAAAACAGUUACUGGAGGAUUCUACCUCGGAUGAAGAUGGGAGCAGCUCUAGUUCCUCUGAAGGUAAAGAGAAACACAAGAAAAAGAAGAGGAAAGAAAAGCAUAAGAAAAGGAAGAAGGAAAAGAAAAAGAAGAAAAAACGGAAGCACAAAUCUUCCAAGUCAAAUGAGAGUUCUGACUCGGAGUGACAAGAACGUGACUUGUUCAACAUUCUCUUCUCAAACACUGGCCGAGGAACAGAGGAAGAU